AUGUACAACCAGGAUUAUUAUAAUUCUUUCCCGCAGGUUCCCCCAACAACCUCUAACAAUACCUAUGGGUCAAACAGAAGGCAAGAAAGAGAUCAUCCUUUCUCUUCCCAGAUAGACGCUUCCACUAGAGUAGGUCAACAUUCUAUAGUUGGUGGACCGCUGCAAAUGCCUUCAAAAGCUCUGUCAAUGCCUACACCCUCACCCAACAAUGGUACACUAUACUCCUCUGUCAACCUUAUGGAACCUGAUCAUUGGCCGCCACCACAGGGUUAUGCCACACACUUUCCUCCUUUCAUCCCUUCACUUCCAACUCCUACAUUUACUUCUACAAUGGAAAACCGAGGUUCAUCUCAAUUUUGUAACUCCAUGCCAUAUGCGGCAGUGGAAGAACGCUCUCUAAUUGAUGUCCCAGCCUCCCUAUAUCCCUCAAUAAGGCAUCCAGAUAUGCCUUCUGUUCCUGGUGAUAGGGUAACAACUAUGCCCAGUUACCUGCCACCUUUGUGUGGGGCUCCCUCUGGCCCAGCUGGUAUGUCCCCAAGUCAUGCAACAUCAGGUCACGGUAUGAUGCCUCAUCCUCCCACCUCAUCAGCUUGGCAUAAAGAAACUCCCUCACGCUCAUCUUCCAUGACACAGUAUGAAGGGUCUUCAUCUGCUUCUCAGCUGCGUUACUCAACAAGGCCAUCACCAGAAUUCCAACCAUCAUUGCCUCUCCCAACACCAAAUGAUACAAGCAUGGCACCAUAUUUUGUGCGUAACAAGUUACAUGGGGAAGAGGAUGCCUUGCAUGUGAGAGCUCCAAUCAUAAAUUCUAUUGGGGGCAUGCCCCGGUCUUCGGUCCACAAUACAGAUCAGUUGAUAGACACAGUCACACAUAACAGUGGGAUACCAAAUGAGAUGGUUAGGGGACAUUCACCUUCAUCCUUCAUACCAGAUAACACCAUGAUUCACAAUGAUACACACAAAAGUCACAUCGAGGAAAGCCUCUGGGCACAACCAAAUGGGUGUGUGCAACACCAGUUACCUAUCAACUUUGCUGAAGCCACACCCAAUUGUACCAUGAGUAUGAAGCGGCCAGCUGAUGAUGUCUUGGCAGAUGAUUUGGCCUUACAAACUUCCUGCAACUGGAGGGGGUCUUCAUGCCACCUUACCCAUCAGCAAUUUUCACACAAAAGUGGGGAUUCUUUCUUGGUCCCUCCACUGCAGACAACAGCUCCUGUUGUUGAUCAAGCUCGAAUGAGUGCCUCAAGGCCACUGACACAUCCACCAUCAUUGCCCGGUGGGGUGAGAAGACUGGUGCAAAGGAUGAGACCGGGCAGGAAUACAGUUGACAGAAACCGUGAGCCAGAAAUUCCUCCAGGUACCUUUUCAGACUUGUGGGUGGCUAGAGCUACUCAAAACACUCAAGCAGCAGCAGACAAUCCUCCAGAUGACAACUCUAACCAAGAGAAUCAGGCUUCACCAGACUUGAAGGACAGGGACAGCGAGCUUCCAAUUGGUGGAGAUGAUAUGGUCACAAUUGCUCUAGAUGCCUCCUUUGUUACCCCUCACAUUACCAAUCAGUCCUCAUGCCCCCCUCCCUUGCACUACCGCUCAAGGCCUGAUAUACAUGAGCCCCCACCUUCUUAUGAUGCUGAACAUAAAGCAGGUCCUCCAACAGAAUCGUCAAGGGUGGAUGACAAGAGAUCCUCUUAA